UCAACAAGAUUCAAUCAAAAAUCAAAACCUUUUUUCCAUUUCCAUUUAUUAGCAGUUGCUUUUCUCGUAAGCCACUCAUUUUUCCUUAUAUCAAUUUCAUCUUUUUACAACUUCCAUGCUGUUUCCAUUAAAGCUUUCACGUAUCCCAUUUUAGCCAUUUCCCACGAGAACUCUUUGUUUCUCACGGAAAAGCAAUACCCAAAACACCUAUAUAACCCCCUUUUUUUUCUUGUUCCUCUCUUCAAUCCCAUACAACAAUAUAAUAAUCAUGUUGAUAAUAACAAUCACAAUACUCUUGUUUCUUGUUUUUCAGCAAUGUAAUGCAAUGCUUCACCCUAUUGAUUUCUUAGCAUUACAAGCAAUACACAAAAGCUUAAAAGAUUUACCCGGGUCGAACUUUUUCGGGUCAUGGGAUUUUACAUCCGACCCGUGUAAUUUCCCUGGAGUUUACUGUGCUAAUGAUAAAGUGAUCACAUUAAAUCUUGGUGACCCAAGAGCCGGGUCACCGGGUUUAACCGGUAGACUUGACCCGUCUAUUGGGAAACUCUCUUCUUUAGCUGAAUUCACUGUUGUUCCGGGUCGGAUAUUCGGGUCAUUACCCGAAACUUUAUCGCAGUUGAAGAACUUAAGGUUUCUUGGAGUUAGCAGGAAUUUCAUUUCGGGUCGGAUCCCAGCGGGUUUGGGUAUGAUCCGGAAAUUACAAACACUUGAUCUUAGUUAUAAUCAGCUUAGUGGAAACAUACCUUGGGUUGUCGGAACAAUUCCGACAUUAUCCAACGUUAUUUUAAAUCAUAACCGCUUAUCCGGUUCAGUACCGGUUUUUUUGUCGCAAAAAUUAACCCGGUUUGAUCUUAAACAUAACCAACUUUCCGGUUAUUUAUUACCAAGGUCACUUCCAUCCUCACUUGAGUACCUAUCUUUGUCAUGGAAUCAGUUGACUGGUCAGGUUGACCAUUUAUUAAGUCGACUAAACCGGUUGAAUUAUCUUGAUUUAAGUUCAAACCGGUUCACCGGUUCAAUCCCGGGUAGUUUGUUUAGAUUCCCAUUAACUAACCUUCAGCUACAAAGAAACCAAUUUACCGGUCCGGUUUAUCCAAUGGGUCAGGUUGCAAUACCCAUUGUGGACCUUAGUUUUAACCGGUUUUCGGGACAAAUAUCGCCUUUGUUUUCGAGUGUGCAAGUUCUAUAUAUGAAUAAUAACCGGUUCACGGGUCAAGUUCCAGGGAUAAUGGUGGACCGGUUAUUAUCAGCUAAUAUACGUGUUUUGUAUUUGCAACAUAAUUUUCUUACAGGGAUAGCUAUUAACCCGGCUGCAGAAAUACCGGUUCGGUGUUCAUUGUGUUUGCAGUAUAAUUGCAUGGUUUUACCGGUUCAGACACCUUGUCCUUUGAAAGCUGGGAAACAGAAAUCUAGGCCUACUGCUCAAUGUGGGGGGUGGAAAAAAAAGGGGUAAAACAGAGAAAUCACAACGGUAUUGAAAGGCAGCCCAGUGUAUUAAGCUUCUGCUAUGCCUCGGGUCCAGAGAAGGGUCAAGAGAAAUGAUCACAAGAAUAUUAUUAAGUGCUUUACUAGAUAAGUUAUAGUGAUUUUGGAUGGUUUUGAAAUUAAGAUGGUUGGGAUUGGUUGGUUAUUUUUUGUGGAAGUUAAAGGGUUAUAAGAAAAUAAGAAUCCAAAAUGUGUAUAAAGAAGAGAGAUUAGAGUAAAAGGGCAAGUGUUUAGUUUAGUUAUUUUAUUUGUAUGAUUUUGGUGAGCCAAAAUUUGUGACUUGCAACUUUUGGCAUUUCUUGUAAUUAGAUAUACUGAUUUAUAUUUAUUAAUUAUGUUGCAAAUUUCUAGCU